AUGGAGAGGGAUCAAAACGCAGAUAUUCUACUUCCUCCUGGAUUUAGAUUUCACCCAUCAGAUGAGGAGCUUAUCGUCCACUAUCUGAGGAACAAAAUCAUUUCAAGCCCACUACCGGCUAAUAUCAUUACCGAGAUAGAUCUCUACAAGUAUGAUCCUUGGCAGCUACCUGGGAAAGCUUCCUUUGGGGAAGAUGAAUGGUUCUUCUUCAGUCCAAGGGAUAGGAAGUACCCAAACGGAACCAGGCCUAAUAGAGCAGCUGGUUCCGGGUAUUGGAAGGCUACCGGCACUGACAAACACAUUCUCACUUCCUGUGGAACAAAAAGCAUUGGGGUUAAGAAAGCACUGGUCUUCUACAAGGGACGCCCUCCAAAAGGAAUCAAGACUGACUGGAUUAUGAAUGAGUAUAGAUUGCUUGACACCAUGUUUUGGACGUCAAAGAAAAAAGGGUCUAUGAGGUUGGAUGAUUGGGUUCUAUGUCGGAUUCGGCAUAAAAGCAACAAUCCCAGGAGCACUUGGAAAGACCUAAACUCUGCUGGUACUUAUGAACCAGCUGGUUACUUUCAACGUGUGGAUAAACCAUGUUCCAAAAGUAGUAUGAACCCCAACCUUGAAAUGGCUAGAGAUUAUUUCUACAAAGAUUGCCCGAUGUUACCCUACAUCUUUGCGUCUCAGGAGCUUCCAUGCAUGGAAACAACUUCAAGCAUAAGCUUUCAAAGCAGCGACAAUACACAAUCUUCCACUUCAAAUAAGAAAAAUGAGCAGGCACAUUUUUCAGUUUCUGCGUCUGACUAUCUGUUCAACCCACUGAAGAGAAAGCCAGCUUACAGAGAGAACGAUUAUGAGAGCAAUAAUGUUUCUGUAGGGAACAAGAGGAUCAUAAGCAACAGCCGUCAAGAAAAGACGAAGGAACCAAACGUGUCUGUUGUCGACUAUAAUAUCUCUGCAAUGAAUUGUUGGGAUGUAGAACAGUCUCAAUCUGACGCUUUCAACACCAUUAAUCAUAACUGGACUUCAAAUAACUUCCCUUAUCAAGAACUUAGUCACUUGGUCUAUGCUAUAUGUGACUAA